AUGGACUUUGAUCUCUACGAGCGAAGCGGAGGAGCAUCGAGCAGCGACGACGAAAAGCCCCCCGUCUACAAAUUCAUCGGUAUCGCUCUCGCCGUCGCCUCUGGUAUCUUCAUCGGUGUCUCGUUCGUCCUCAAAAAGUUCGGCCUACUGCGCGCAAACGAAAAGUACAAUGAAACCCCCGGUGAAGGAUAUGGCUAUCUCAAGAACGCCUACUGGUGGGGAGGCAUGACCCUCAUGAUCAUUGGAGAGAUCUGCAACUUUGCCGCAUACCUCUUCACGGAUGCCAUCCUCGUCACGCCCCUCGGCGCACUGUCGGUCGUUAUAUGCGCCGUCCUGUCCGCCAUCUUCCUCAAGGAGCGUCUUAGCAUGGUUGGCAAGGUCGCCUGCUUUCUCUGUAUCGUCGGAUCCGUCGUCAUCGUCAUGAACGCUCCUCACGGCACGAGCGUCAACAAUAUCCAGGAGAUGCAAAAGUACUUCAUCACCCCCGGCUUCCUCUCCUAUGCUGGUGUCAUCGUUGUCGGUUCCGUAAUUGCUGCGUUCUGGGCUGGGCCAAAAUGGGGUAAUAAGAACAUGCUGGUCUACAUCUCUAUCUGCAGCUGGGUCGGCGGCCUGAGCGUUGUCGCAACUCAGGGCCUGGGCGCUGGUAUCCUUGCCUGGAUCCGUGGAAAGCCUCAAUACAAGGAGUGGUUCUUCUGGGUACUUCUCGUCUUUAUCAUCAUCACAUUGCUGACUGAAAUCGUCUACCUCAAUAAAGCUCUCAACAUCUUCAACGCCUCUAUCGUCACCCCCACUUACUAUGUCUACUUUACCAGCACGACAAUCAUCACCUCGGCCAUCCUAUUCCAGGGCUUUAAGGGCACUGCUCAGUCUAUCGUCACAGUUGUGUUGGGUUUCUUAACUAUAUGUUCCGGAGUGGUGUUAUUACAACUCUCGAAAUCAGCCAAGGAUGUUCCAGAUGCAGCCGUUUUCAGCGGCGACCUCGACCAGAUUCAAACCAUCGCCGAACAGGAGCAACCAGAGUCGGAUCCAAAGGCCGAUGCCAUCCGUGGAACCGCCGCCAUCCUACGACAAAUCUCACGAAGACGACUAAGAAUGGAGGCAGAUGAGCUCAAGAGGCUACACGAGGAAAAGAGGAUGGAAGCAAUGGACCCCAUUGAGGAAGGACAACAGGCAGAAUGGGAAUGGGAUGGCUUGAGAAGAAGGAGAACAAUGACUUAUAGGUCCGGCACCGUGAGUUCGCGUGGAAGAACCGCACCAUCGCCGCCCCCUAGUUCUGGUCGCCAUGCACCACCACCGCCUUCCACUCCCAGGGUUCACCCUCCGUUGGGCAUGUCUCACUUCCCGCCCUCGGACGACGAAGAUGACGACUAUAACGAUCGGAGCACCAUCUUUUCGAGCAUCGCGGGUACGAUCCGUGGCCGAGCUCGGGGCUUUACCAACUUCUCUGGCCGACACUAUGAGGAAGACAACUCUGACGAUAAGGCCCGGAGUCCCAUGCAUCCUGUUCCUCUGACUGAGAUUGCUGUUCCUCGAGAUAAGCCCGACGAUGAGUCAGACGCCUACUUUGGCCAGACCCAGGAGCACGUCUUUGAUCGCCAGGAUACCGAGUAUCGGGGAGCUUCGUCUCACAGCAACCAGAGCCUUGCUCCUCCGACCCCUCCGCCGCACGGUGGAAAUAUGAGCGGAACUCGACGCCAGUUCUCUUUCCAUAAUGUUUUCCGGCGGCCUCACUCAUCGAGAUCCACGUCUGGCGUUGAAGAGCCCACUGAAGAAGAGAGACAAGGGCUUGUCAAGGAGGACAGCCGUGGCCCCGCGUUUCUCUGA